AAACCCUGUAGAAUGAGUUAUUUCAAUACCAUUUCAGCCCAGAGACGGUAUUAAUUCGGUAGUAUCGUUGUUAGGUUGGUGGGGGCGGUUUUUUUAAGGCGAGACAGCCCUUGAAGAGUCUCGUUCAUCUUCUGACCCUGAACUAUUUGCGGGAUUUGGGUGCUCAGCGCAUAAAGUCAAGCUCGUGCAAAAACAUUUGCGAGACCAGAGCCGACGUGUAUUUUUAAAAAGUUCAUCGUUUCCCUCCCCGCGUGUGGUUCUGUUUAAAAAAUACUUCUGGGCGGUAAUAGCGAAUCGUAUCUGUGGUUUGCGGUCACCGCAGCGUAGUAACUGCUGAGAUUUUAAUGAUCCCCUCUGUAUUGCUACUUAAUCGCUCACGUACAACGCUUUACAACCUCAGAGCGUAUCAGAUAUGAAUGUAUUAGUCUGAUAUUAACCUGUCUUUGUUUAGUGGUACGAUCAAUAUAAUAUUCCUCGCUGCAUGAGCUUGUUCUUUGAUGAUCUCUGCUCCAUUUAAGCGUAUAAGGCCUGAAUUUCAACGAUCCCGAGUGCCUUGACUUUGGGCUCUUUAUAAUUUCUGGCAAUCAGGCCCUCCUGUAUGGACUCUGCAUAAGAUCUUGCAUCUGAGACAAAUCUUAUCUUCAAACUCUCAGAAGUCUGUUUGAAAGAAAUGGGAACUUUUCCAUAGUUUAGAAGUUUACCGAAAGGUUUUGAGGGGUUUUUGUUCCCAAGUGCCUACUCAAGAAAGAGUACAUGAUUCAUUAAAUUGUACAAGAUGCAAAUAUAAAGGGAUGUAGUUACAAGAAGCCCUUCAUCUAUACUGCGUUGAUCUUGUAGAUGAUAUUUCUACCGUACAGAUCACAUGGAUGGGGGAGCCUGUGCCCCCACCUGCAUAGUAAUAUUUGUUCCUUUUGAAAUACUCACUUUGCUGCAGAACAUGUUUGAAAAGGCUGCUGGAUUGAUGAAUGGAAAAAAAAUGUCAACAUAGAGAAAGAACAGUAUCUUAAAUAAUAUGUAUAGCUAGACUGUAAUAUCCAUGUUAACGUUUUACUCCCACUGAGGUUUUUCAACAUCAUAGAAGUAAUACAUUCUGCAUAAACCUGAGAGGCGCAUAUAAAGAAAUCUGUAUUUUAUGAAAAUAUAAUACAGAAUGCAUAAAAUUGGAGGAACCUCUGGCUGUCCCAGGCCAAGGCUAUCUGGGAAUCAGCAGACUUCUGUUGCAUCGUGGUUAAAUUCCAGUCUACAAGAGACGCUACUACCAGGGAAGCCAUGGCAUAAGGUUUUAGACAAACUUGGAGCAGCUUUUGCUGAGAAAGUAAAGCCCCAACUGAGGAAUCCUAAACAAAGACAAAUGAUUUUUCAUCUCCUUGGCCAGCAUUUCGUUAAAAAAUAUUUUAGCGAAUAUCCUAAUCAACCUAGUCUACUGUCUUCAACAAACGUGAGUGAGCGAGAUUGGGAAACCUUGGAAGAAACAACAAAGAUUUGGCUAAACGAACAGUGCUUAAAAGCUGCAGAGCAAGUUUGCUGUCAGUUCAGAGUUGUAGAUAAUAACUUUGCCAGACUGGCUCCAGAAAUGGUGCAUUUUCUUAAUGAUACGUACAACAUUGUAGCAACAGAGAUGGAGUUGCUGUUGGCUGCACAUGAAUCAUGGCAAAAGGAAGAAGAUUCAUUUGAUCAUCAGUCUUCAUUGGAACAGAGCUCUAACCAGGAAUCAGUUGCGAAGAAAAGCCCAAAUUCUGUUGAAAGCAAAGACAUGGAUGUAGCCGUAGUCAGAGAAUCUAUUUUGCAAUUAAAUGAAAAAGAAAAGAUGCAUAUUGGCACUGAUAUACACUCAUGUGUUCUAAAUUGCUCAGAAAGUAAUAUAUUAGGAAAAUCUGUCUGUGCCAUAAUUUCAGUAGAUGGUGAAACUAUCUUAACAGUAUGUAGAAGGCUAAGUGGAAAUCUACUUCCAAAGACACUACGACAAUUUAUAUGGACAGAUAAACUCCUAAAAUCAAACACAAAAAUCCCCAACACUGAAAGAAUAAUAAAUAUCGAGAGAGAAGCUAGAGUGAAAUUUGGACGGACAGUGGAGCACCGAAUUGCUGAACUAAAACUUAAAAGUGCUACUCAAUCGCCAAUUUCAGGCCUUAUUGAAAAUGCAGUAGUGGAGAAAUAUGACAAGACACCUUGCAUGCAUUAUUUUGCCUCAAAUGAACAAAUGAUUCUAGAAACCCACAAGACUUUAAAUGUCCUCUAUGUUUUCAAUGGCACAUAUGAACCCUACCUGAUUCACUGGCUCUUUCCUUUGCAAAUGGCAUUUAAGCAAACAACACCAACAGCCGAACAUCCCUAUGAGUUGGCUAUGUACCUAUAUUUCCUGCAUCAAAAUUUAUUCCCAUCAUGGGUAGAAAUCUUUGCAAUGGCUGAGUGGGUGAUGAGCAUUCUGGAAAGAGAAGACACUGAAUUCUUUGAUCAUCUUCAGCAGAGCUUCAGAAAGAAUAUUACAAUGGACCCAAAAGAUUUCUUGGUAGAACUGAUAGUUCAAGAAAGAGACAAGGCUCAAGAACUGUAUGCCACUGCAGAUAGAUCUGAGCAGAAACAGCAUCUAGCCAAAGAGUUACUGGGAAGUCCAGUAAUUUUCCUGAGAAAAUGGAUGGGUGAGGGCUUUGUGAGUGCAGUGGAUUUUCCUGUAGUGUUGUUGAUUUGGGAUCAAUUAUAUAUGCAAGACUGGAAUCGAAAAGUGAUGGAGAAUUUCUGUCUCUCGAUCCUUAUGUUGUUAAAGGAUUCCCUGAUGGCUGCUGAUGAUUAUCCAGCCAUGAGAGAGGUGUUUUUGUUUCAUAGUUGUCAGCUUCUAACAGCUGAUAUUCAAAUAGCCUGGAUUCACCUACAGCAAGGUGGUUUACCAUCUGACAUCCCUGGGCUUAGCAGGAUGAAUCAAAGGCCAUUUGCUGAUCUGUCUCCCAGGCACAGCUCAGUGAAAGCUGGAAAAGUUUUUCAUGGCUUCAGGGGAAUUUUGCCUGUUGGUGUGAAGGAUGUUUUAUUGAAGUUAGUUUUACCAGUACCUCAGGUUGAGAUAACACACACUGAAACUUGGUUGAAUGAGUUUGAUCCUCUUGCUGUGAGCUUAACAGUUUCAAUAUUUUAUGGACUUGAAAAGCUGCGUUCCAAGUCUAGCUUUUCUAAACCCUCUAUUAGACAGAUAACCAAAGGAACAUUGACGAAAAAACAUGAAGCCACUGAAUUUGCUUUUCGAUUUGAUGAAUCAUUUGCCUUUGAUUCUCUGGAUCCAUCUGAGUUUGUAGAUGUGACAGAAGCUAAACCCUAUAUGGUAUUCAAGGUAGUUUACAAGUCUGAAGGAAAAGACUCGUUGACACUCGGAUGGCAAAAAGUGGAUGCUUUUCAGCAAGAAACUAGAAAUACUAGAACUAUUUGGGCACCAAAAGAGUUUUCUGCACUUGUUCCACUGCAUACUGGGAAAGUUGUUUACAAUAUUCUGGAUUACUCUUUGGUUCAUGACUCAAAAGAUUCUGCCCAGGGUUCUUCAAACAUCCAGCUCACCAUUUAUGAUGUAUGGAAAGAAAGGCACAGACAGAGAAACAGCCAAGUAAAGAGAGAAAGGUUUGAAGAGCCUUGUUUUCUGUGUGUACCUUGGGUUCCUUUUAAUUCCUCUACAGUAUUACCAAAUGCUGUAUCAGUAAACCAUCCAUUUGAUCUGUAUGUAGAUGCCCUCCAUUAUAUCCCUGAUAAUGCAACAAUAACAAAGGUAACUGGGCAAAUCAGGAAUUCAGGGCUGACUAAUUUGCCUAAUAUUACAGCAUUUCCACUUCUUAAUAGUCCAUCUCGAAAUCCAAAAUUCCAGUACCGAAUGAUAUUAAAUGGAGAUGAGACAAAAGUCAUGGAUGUCAAUGCAUGUGUUUUUUUCCAAGUUCAUACAGUAGACAUAGAUUCUGGAGAUCUUGUUAUAAUAGGAAGCUCUAUGAUCCGUGUGUUUAACAAUGAUGGUAAUCUAAAUGUAGGAGGAUUUCAACUAAAACUAAGAGGAGGCAUGCCAAGCAAGGGACCAGCAGGUCUUACACAAACAACAUUAGAUCAGUAUCCAGCCAUUCCCUGCUGCACAGCACUAAUUCGAAUGUUACCACACACACAGUUUUCAGUGACUGCACCAAGCUACUUGACAGGAUAUUACUUCUCAGAUAAUGCAAAGCCCAAUAAUUCAGAGCUAGAGAUCAUAUCGAGCUUUCAAAAGGACAACAGCUUCCCAAAACUUGUACAAGACAUGACAACAUACUUAAUUGACAAUGAACAAAGCAGAGUUACACUUGACCGUUUGGAAACCUGGUAUGUGGAAAGACUAGAUGAAACAAAAUAUCUGCUACCACAACAGCUUCCGAAGUACAUCAACAUACAUCAUGCAGUCCGUUAUCGGCAGGAAGCAGGCAUCCGCAUAAAGGUCAAACAAGCUUUUGGACUUAAAGCUGAUGGCUAUUAUGUAAAUGUGUUAGCCAGAGUCCUUAAGGGAGCUGCAAGCAUGCAUUUGCCUGAGUUACCUCAACAGUGGGGAGGAGAAGAAAAAUUCCUAACAUGCCAACUUGAUUUCACAAGUCAGCAGAGAUCACCAAUCUGGACUGAUCCAUCUGUGGUGCUACACCCUUAUCUUGAUGCUCACUGUGUACUGUUAGUUCAAGUGUAUGGCUUGAAUGCUGUUUAUGUUCCAGACCCAAGUGGACAAAGGCCAGGAGAAGUAAUAGCUCGUCCUGGCCAGGUCCUGGACCUUAACGCACAAUCACAGUUAGGAUGGACUGUCAUUCCACUCUUUGACAGAGGCUACGUGUGGUGUGGGGUGCACAGUGCUCCAUUGUUUCAGGGUUCUCCAAGCAUAGAAUUUCUGCAGUCUGUAAUCUCUCAGCCAGUGAAGGAUGUUAUGGCUGAAAAUAUAAAGAAAAAGGCAUUAAAACUUUUGCCUACGUAUGGCAGUGUUAUUCUUGAGGUUUGGGAUGGUCACUAUUUUGAAGAUGAGCAUUACGAGCUCCCUGUUCUGAACAACCUUCUAACUGUUGACAAAACAAAGAAAUUUUUGGGUACUCAAGCAAGCAAGAGUGGAAAAGAAGUUUCAGAGCUUGUUUUGCAAACCAUGGAUAAAAAAUUUAAAAAACUGGGACGAAAUAGCCCUGAAUAUCGUCAGCAAGAGUAUCUUUACAAGGAAGCAAUGGGAAACACUUUUUACAGCCUUAUGGAAACAGCCCUCUUAAAUGCAAGUUAUGGUCGUCUUCCUGAGCACACUGUUCAAAGGUGAAGAAUAUUGGAUAUCAAUUUUUUUAAAUGUUUUUCAAGCUCUUGAUAAAACCUAAGUGUAUAUGAUAUGUAUUUUGCCUGAAUUAUAUAGCUGUAAUUGAUUUUUUUUUAAAUUAUAAACAAACUCCAAAUUGUCUUUUGCACAGAAAUCACUUUCUUCUCCAAACAAAGGUCACAAAUUAUAUAUUCUUACACUGCAAAACAUUUGCUCCAUUUCCUGCUGAUUCAAAAGGUAUUUUUGUUAUAUUCCUCAUAAUAAGUUUGAGACUCCCAUUUAAUUGGGGCUAUCAAGCUAUCAACAUCAGUUGAUUAAAAAGAUUCUCUGUAAACAUAUUGUUUUAGGAAAUAUGGGAAAAUUAUCUUACCCAGAGCAGCAGUCACAGGCUCAACUUCUGUGUGUUGUGAACUCCUGAAAUAGUUUUAGGAUUGUUGAUUGAUCCUACAUUAAAACUCAAUCCAUUGGUGUCAUAUACAGAUUCUCCAUCUCCUUGUUCCUUUGCCACACUGGAAAGACCUUAGUGCAGGGGUGGGCAAUUAUUUUGGGCAGAGGGCCACUUACUGAGUUUUGGCAAGCCAUUGAGAGCCACAUGAUAGGUAGCCCAGGGCAGAUAAAUAUUAAUUUUCUAUUUUUUUUAGGGGCCCCGCGAGCUGGAUAGAACAGCCUGGCGGGCCGCACCUGACCCCCGCCGCAUUUUGCCCACCCCUGCCUUAGUGGCUUAGCAUUAUUCAGUGAUUCCUGCAUACAGGGCCAAAUUCUCAGCUCUAUUUAACUGACUAUUUAAGUCAAGGUAUGACUUCAGCUAGUCUGUUUAUAUUCUUGUCCGUGAGGAUUGUCAUGUGUGUCAUUGUUUUCUCCAUGUUGCUGGCACACACAAGCAAGAAAGAUGGGAUGAAACAAGAGCAAUUGGGAAGUUAUUGUUUGACCCAAGCUUCAGUAUUCCAUUGCCUUGCAACAGAAAUCCCAGGUUGUGAAGCAUGACAAAUUCCAACAAACAGCUUAGCUGUGGAGCAGUGCACCUUGGGAUGUCUGAGCAGAACACUGAGCAUCCUAAACAUCACUGUGCCAUGUGGCUGCAAGGGCACAGACAACAUGUAUUGAUCACAGAACAAAAAUUAGAUGUAGGUGCACUACUCAUGGAAGAGUUGCUGUGGAAACUUCAUUUGAAAUCAAGAGAGCUGCAGCAAGUUGAAAGUACAGAUAAUGUUGUUAGAAGUAAGGAAACCUCCAUGGCUGCAGGCCUGCUAUAGGCUAUAUACCACAAAUGCCCCAUAGCUCAAAGUGCAUUGAAAGGCUUGAGCUCAUUGAUCUGCAGCUCUUUCUAUACGUAAAGCAAAGAGUGAAGAGUCCAUACAAUAUGCAUAGAAUAUCUGGCGCAUUUUCUGAAUUCCUGUGUUUGCAUAAGAAGUCAAAAUCAAAUGAAUGUAAGGUACAAAACAUGACACAGGGACAAAUUCCAUCCAUUUCACUUGCCACAUUUGUACUGUUGUCAAAGGCAACACCUUAUGAGAGAAAGAGAGAGAGAGGCCAAAAGGAAUCUUUUAGGUGACCUUGUCAUAUAGUUUCUCUAACAAUAUAUUUAUAAGAGGACUGUAACAAGGAACAAUUUCUUCACUACAGUGUCUGGUUCUACAAGUGACUGUACUUCUCAUCAUAGUACUGCAUGCUGUAUCAGUAGUCUGUCUAUCUUAAUACUUCAGAUGGUUUCCAUCCCUUCAAUCCAGCUCUGUAGAGACAAACUGAAGCAUUUCUAUAUCAAAUAUAUUUUUUCUUAAAUAGAUACCAUUUAAAAAUGUUAAAUCUUACCUGUAUUACAAAUAAUUCCCUGGACUAUUUAUGUCAUAAUGCAGUGCCACCAGCACAGAGGCAGAUAUUGGUUAUAAGAGGUUAAUGUUUUAUAAGUAAGAGCCUUGGUGUAAUAUGAUCUGGAGUUUGACUGAACUAUUUUAGUGCUGUUAAACACAACUAAAUUAAAUAAUUUAAAAUUUC